AAUUUGUCGGUUGAUGUGGAAGAAUCGAAGCGAAAGAUUCAAGAAGCGGCAGAACUGGAGUUUAACAAACAGUUCAACGUCAUCUGCUCAACCGGAAUGUUCACGUACAUCACACAUACCAGCAGAUACUGUCAAGCGGGAAAUAGCGUGGUAACGUGCUAUGCCUUCCAGACCAACUAA